AUGUCCCACGAUAUCACACUCAGCGAGAUCAGUCAGCUUGUCACUGACAAUCCCGCCCUCUCGCCCAUUUCACUCACACAAAUUCUCGACUUCGUCGAUCGCUGCUGUGUACUCCGAUCGGACUUCGCAUUUGUUCAGCAAGGCAAACGUAGUUCUGCCAACGCUCCGCCUGUCAUUCCCAUCGCGCACGCAAGGUGGCUCUCUAGCCGAACGCGUAUCCUGUUCCCUCUACUCAAUGCUCUAUGGACUGGCCUCAAGAAUACUAUAUGGGCUAUACCGUCGCCUCAACAACGGCUCAACAACAUGGUGGGCAACAUAGAGGAGACAGGAUGGAAGAAAGGGAUCGUCGCUGAACUGUUCUAA